AUGGAGAAGGAUAACUUGGAUUACUAUGUUGUACCCAGCGAAGACGCUCAUGGGUCAGAAUAUGUCGCUCUCAGCGAUAGACGACGCGAAUGGGUCUCAGGGUUCACUGGCUCGGCCGGACAGGCUGUGGUCUCGCGAUCAAACGCCUACCUGAUCACCGACUCGCGCUAUUGGCUUCAGGCCCAGGUGCAGCUAGACUCCAACUGGAUCUUGAUACCAGCUGGAGCGCCCGAUGGACCCAAGGACUGGGUCGACUGGAUUGACCGUGCAAGGGAUUCGCGAAUCGGCAUAGACGCCCGCAUGCUGUCACACGAGAAAGCGACGCAUCUCAACACAUUGCUCUCCCGCAAGAACUCGAAGCUCGUCUACCCGCCGCAAAAUCUCGUCGACCUCGUCUGGAAAGACAAGCCCUCGCGUUCCAAAGAGCCGGUCUACGUCCAAGACAUUGAGUUUACGGGCCGGGAGGCGACUGACAAAUUGGCCGAGCUGCGCGCGUGGAUCAAGGCGCAGCCGCCGGCCAAGCACAUCGGCACGCUCAUCACUUCGCUGCCAUGCAUCGCUUACCUCCUGAACCUUCGUGGCAACGAUGUGCCCUACAAUCCGGUCUUUCAGGCAUAUCUUUACGUCGGCCUGACCGAUGCGAUCCUCUUUCUCGAGCCGCAGAAGGUCAAUGAGGACAUCGAUGAGUACCUCAAGAGCAUCGGCGUCUCCAGGAGAGAGUACAAUGAUCUUUGGACGUUCCUUCGCCGCCGAGAAAUGGGCGAAGGCAAGGUGUUGAUCACGCCUACGACAUCCUAUGCGAUUUCCCUUAUGCUCACCCACUUCCGGUACACGGUCGCUCCACCGAAGGUGGAUGAGAUGAAAGCCGUGAAGAACGAGACGGAGAUCGAAGGUAUGCGCCGCGCGUACCUCCGCGAUGGAGCGUCCUUCGUCAAGUGGAUGGCAUGGCUCGAGCACAAGAUCAACUCGGGAUAUAGCAUCACCGAAUACGAGGCUGGUUACCGCCUGACGGAAUACCGCAGGCAUAACAAGAACUUCAUGGGAUUGGCCUACGAGAACAUCUCUGCGGCCGGACCGAAUGCCGCGUUACCUCAUUAUUCUCCCACCAAGCAAACCGCUCGGAUGAUCGAUAACGUGACGCCUUACCUCAACGACUCCGGGGGGCAGUACCGGGACGGAACCUGCGACACCACUCGCACAUUGCACUUCGGUCGCCCUACCGUCGAGCAGUGCGAGGCGUACACACGUGUGCUGCAGGGUCAUAUCGCGAUCGACAGCGCGAUUUUCCCCGAAGGUACCUCUGGUGCUGCUCUCGACGUCCUGGCUCGCAGGGCGUUAUGGAAGGAUGGCUUGAACUAUCUGCAUGGCACCGGACACGGGUUCGGCUCAUUCCUGAAUGUUCACGAGGGACCUCACGGGUUCUCCUCGGACGUCGCUCUCGUCCCCGGCCACGUCAUCACCAACGAACCCGGCUUCUACAACGCCGGCCACUGGGGCAUGCGCAUCGAGUCCGCGUUGGUCGUGAGACGCAUGAAGACCAAGCGGGAGUUUAACCCCGGCACAUGGCUCGGCUUCGAGCGUCUCACAUGCGUCCCUAUCCAGACCAGGAUGGUCAACGACAAAAUGCUCACGAAGGAAGAAAAGCAGUGGCUCAAGGACCACAACCGCCGCUGCUACGAGCUGCUCGAGCCCUACCUCCGCGACGACGCCCGCGCACUCAAGUGGCUCAAGCGCGAGGCCGACCGCGGCAUCGGUCUGGCCGGUCCCGUCCCCGGUGGACUCUCGAUCGACUGGUCAUGA